CCUAAAAUCCCUCCCAAUCUCUUUCCCACAUGGUGCUCGAUUCCCACAUGAUGCUUGAUAACAACCUCUCUGCAGAGGACCUUUUCCUUUGCUCGCCAAAUGUGGCUGGCCAAUCGGUGAUGCUCGAUAAGGACGGCGGUGGGGGAAAGGACCUUUCCCAGCAAGAGAGGGUCGGCUAUGACACCGAUAAGUCACUUUGGAAUUCAAUUUUGAAGUCAAUGGAUAACAAGCCUAAACAACCAAAGACUGCAGAACAAAGGAGGUUUGAAGAACUUAUGACUUAUUUUGCUAACCACACGGCACCAAAUGUUGACUUUUUGAAGGAACCGGACCCUCCUGUUCCUGCUGGUGAAUGUAGGUAUUGUUUAAAGGUGGAUGAUCACAUUACGCAACUUUGCCCCUACAAGUAUGAUGUCCCAAAGAAUGCAAUUCUUGGCAAAGGUUGUUCGGUUGUUUGUACUGUUUGCGGAUGUAGGUUUAGAGACUCAUGUUGUGCCAAAUGCGGCCAUACCCGUGGACGUGCAAUGCUCAUGGAUUGUAUAACCUGUGGGAAGCUAUAUGACCAUUGGUUUGAUACGUGCCCGGAACGCGAUUUGACUUCUCCUUUUACUUGCGACCCUUAUACUGGUUAUAUUUGUUUCAAGGCUUGUCCUCCAAAAGAGUAGAGAAUUGAGAAUUAAUUGUAAUCUAGAGUUAAAGCAAAAGAGAAAUGAGUGCUUUUUUAUGUCGUUUGCCAAAAAUGGGGCAUGUUUUUGUUUAGCCAUGCAUCCUAUAAUUUAGAUGCCUACAUAUUGUAUUGUUUUUAUCGCAAAU